UCGCGCGUCACUUGCGGGUUCAAAGUGGGCUGUUAGUUUGGGAGGGCGUCUAGUCGCUGUGUGUUAAUGAGACUGACGUAGCUACUUCUUCUCCGGAACCGGAAGGCUGCCCGGUCCCAGUACCCGCUGGACACUCGGGGCUCAGGGCUGUGGGGCAGCUGGAGGCUGCGGCUCAAGCUAAGAGCUACCUCGCUCCGCGAAUCUUCCGCGGGCCGCUGAUGGCCGGAGGCUUCCUGGGGAAGACUUUGGCCGCCGUGUCCCUCUCUGUCGCCCUGGCCUCUGUGACUGUCAAGUCCUUGGGCGGUUGCAGCGUCGCGGCGUGCAGAAACUCACUUUCAUCCUGCAGAUUUCAUGUUAAAUCCAACAUGAUGUCUGGUUUUAAUGGUACCAUAGAGAAUUCCCACAACAAGGCUCGGACAUCGCCUUACCCAGGUUCAAAAGUUCAACGCAGCCAGGUUCCUAAUGAUAAAGUGGGCUGGCUUGUUGAGUGGCAUGACUAUAAUCCUGUGGAAUACACUGCAGUUUCUGUCUUGGCUGGACCUCAGUGGGCAGAUCCUCAGAUCAAUGAAAGCAACUUCUCUCCCAAGUUUAAUGAAAAGGAUGGGCAGGUUGAGAGAAAGAGCCAGAAUGGCCUGUAUGAGGUUGAAAAUGGAAGACCUAGAAAUCCUGCAGGACGGACUGGACUGGUUGGCCGGGGGCUUUUGGGGCGAUGGGGCCCCAAUCAUGCUGCAGAUCCCAUCAUAACCAGGUGGAAAAGGGAUAGAAGUGGAAAUAAAAUCACCCAUCCCGUUUCUGGGAAAAACAUCUUGCAGUUUGUUGCAAUAAAAAGGAAAGACUGUGGAGAAUGGGCAAUCCCAGGGGGGAUGGUGGAUCCAGGAGAGAAGAUUAGUGCCACACUGAAAAGAGAAUUUGGUGAGGAAGCUCUCAACUCCUUACAGAAGUCCAGUGCUGAAAAGAGAGAAUUACAGGAAAAGCUGCACAAGCUCUUCAGCCAGGAACAUCUAGUGAUAUAUAAAGGUUAUGUUGAUGAUCCUCGAAACACUGAUAAUGCAUGGAUUGAGACAGAAGCUGUGAAUUACCAUGAUGAAACAGGUGAAAUAAUGGAUAACCUUGCCUUAGAAGCUGGAGAUGAUGCUGGAAAGGUGAAAUGGAUGGAUAUCAGCGAUAAACUCAAACUUUAUGCUAGUCAUGUUCAGUUCAUCAAACGUGUGGCAGAGAAACGAGAUGCACACUGGAGUGAGGACUCUGAGACUGGCUGCCCUGGGUAACAGCUCACAGUCUCCAUGUAAGCCAAAAGCCAGGAACGGAGCAUGUACGGAGAAGAAGACAGUAUCACAGAACUCAUAUAUAAAAAGGGCAGGGCAGGUCACUUGGAAAUGACUUUAUUCAUUAAAUGACAGGCAGUUUGGUUUUGCACCAGAAUAAAAUUAGUAGGUGUGGUGAAACAACACAGAAUUUUCUGCUCUUCUGUCAAAAGCGCUGUAAACAAUCAUUUUGUAUGUAUUCUAUUUAAGCAUGGCUUAAACCAAAUUGAAAGAACUGAUGCUCUUUGAAGAAUCAGCAU